AUGCAUUCCGGUCACGUAGCCCAAACAUCUCGACCAUUUUUCUUGUAUAAAAGGAGCGCUGGCUGCUCGGAAGUUACAGCAGCAAAGCAACUGAGAAAGUAAGUUACCUUGGUCUUCUCGCAAGGGAAAAAGUUAUAUUUUCAGCUUCCUGCCUACAAUGAUCGACCAAUCGACCGCUCAUCACGGAGGGGAUCCAGAUCCUGAGCCGUACGUUCCGACACCAAUUCCUAAGUAAUUGGGUCGGCCGCUGAAUAAAUCAUUCCAAAAAUGCACUUCUGAAACACAAAAAGAACACAUUGUCACUCCCAUUCGAGAACUGACCUUCGCCAUCUUUUUCUUGUUGUUAAAUCACAGAAGACGGAACAUUCUUCCACGUGUUCCUGAGAAUCGAUUAACUUAUUUUCUUCCGGCUCACUCGGAUUGUCGUCGUCUUCUUUUUCGUUCUUGAUAGCUGUCGUGUCCAUGUUUCAUUCCGAUUUGAAAUUGAUUGCAAUCGCUAGACAUAUUUUUAGUGAGGUGGUCAUUCCAGUGAGUUCGAGAAGCAGAAUAGGAUACAACAACAUCAACCUCGCGAUGGAAGACGAGUUCUCCACCAACCGCCACGGCAGAGCCUGCAUCUGCAUGCACUCAAGAAAAGUUUCAGGCAAAAGCUAUAGUUUCGAGUUCUACCUUGUUUUUCUUCCCGAGUCACUCUUCCAUCAGAGUUUUUAUUGUUCUUAUUUAGAAUUCUGAGUUUUCGUCGUAAUCUUGCGAGGGGUGAUUCAAACAGCUGUGCGCAGAAUGUGUCAGCCGAUCCAUAAGUGCGUCAGUAACCGUGACUCCCCCCCCCCCUCAAUUUCAAACUUGCCACAUUGAUCUUAUUUAUUUUUUCGAUGUUUACACUAAAAUUCUGCAAUUUUUAAGCAUACUUUGAUUGUUUCAGAGUUCGAGGAGAACCACAACCGUCGUCGCGCUGAUUCCAAUGUCUUAAACACGUCCAGCCGCCGCAGCUCGUCAAACGACAGUACUCUGUUGCUCCACGACCAGAACACGGACAACUAUGGAGUGGUGCCCACCAGCUAUCCCAGCCAACAGAUGCCCUCCAUCAUCUGGACCCUCUUCCUCAUGUUCAAGUUUGACGUUAUCACUGCGAUGUUUGUCAACCUGCUCUCGGAUAUCCUUCUCUUCUGCAACCCGAUGCUGUUGAAAUCGCUCAUUCAGUUCACGGAACAAUUGGAAAGACCGAUGUGGCAAGGAGUCGUGCUGCUGCUCAAAGGCCGUAAUAGUGAGUCCAAUGACGGCCGACGACAGACUGAUUAUUGAUUUUUAGCAGAUAACGACAUCAUUGCAAGCCGGUGCCAUGCUUCCACAACAUCUCCUUCUCAGUCAACCGCGGACAAUUUGUCGGACGCGUCGGAGCGAGACAUCGAUGCUCCAAGCGUUGAUGGGAGAACUGGAGAAUAAUUCUGGAAGUAUCUCUAUGCACGGACGUCUCUGCUAUGUGCCCCAACAACCGUGGAUGCAAGACAAUGCGCUUCGCGAGAGCAUCACAUUCGGAAAGCAAUUCGAUGAGUACUUCUACUCUCGUGUCCUCGACGCCUGUGUUCUCUACCGUGACCUCCAAAUUCUUCCACUUGGAGAUAGGACGGAGAUUGAAGAGAAGGGAAUCAACAUGUCCGGUGGUUAG